AUGUCAUCCCAAAAUACCGACCCUCUGGCUGGACUUGAUUCCAUCGACUGGUCUCGUCUCAACCACGCCUACGGCCCAGCUGAUGAUGUACCACUUAUUCUAGGGGAUCUUCAGUCAAGAGAUCCUGAAGUCUACAAGACAGCGCUUGAUGCGUGUUGGCCUAACAUCUAUCAUCAAGGCACUCGCUAUAGUUCUUCAGUUGCAGCAAUUCCCUUUCUAUAUGCUUUACUUGAUAGCCCAGCGACCAAGGACCGCGAAACCCUACUAUACCUGAUCGUCAGUCUUGCAAUUGGUCAUCCAAACUGGGCGGUUCCUAACGGGAUUGACAUCCAAGAAUGGGAAAGGCGCCUUGCGGUUAUGGACCCUGAAGACCGUGGUCAUGCAAUGCAAGAGCUCAAAGCCUACAAGGCCGUCGAGCUGGGACUGUCUUCGGUCAUGCGUUGCUUGGACGAGGACUCAGCGAGCAUGCGAGCCAAUGCGGCUCAUGCUUUGGCAUUCUUCCCGCGUCAAUCUGGUCCAUCAAGAGUAGCUCUCCUCGACCUACUGAGUCGAGAGACAAAUGAUAAUGUUCGCGGGACAAUUGUACUGGCGCUCGCCAUCUUAUUCGUUAGGGCGGAUGAUGUGUCAGAGAAAAGGAAUGUUAUUGAGAAGAUCAAGGAGUACUACACGGCUCCCUCGAUCCGAGAAGCACCUGACUAUAUCUUCACAUGGUCUUGCGCUGUUGCGCUCUUGAUGCUAGAUUCAGAGGAAGAUGGGUUGGCUGAAACUUUGCAGCGUGUACGAGUGGAUGAAGCGUAUAUGUCCAAGUUGGAAUCAACCAUUGAUCCUAAUUCUUGGUUUCCUUUCGCCAUAUUGGAUCUCCGGGAUUUGACCAAGUCAGUAUUGGAGAACCAUCAAAAGGAAGCAGCCGGUUCCUGA